CUUGUGUCCAGCCAGUUCUGGUCCCGGCACUGGGCACCACUGGGAAGAGCCUGGCUCCAUUCUCUUUGCAGCCUCCCUUCAGGUACUGGUAAACGUACUGCCAUCCUCCCGGGUGCUGCCACGGCCUGAUGCCACUGUGCUGACCCUGCACCCCCUUGAGGGGGUCAAGCCGGGGUCUGUGAUCGGCUCAGUGGCACCCCCAGAUGCCCCUGCGCAAGGACAGCUGACCUACACGGUGGUCGGAGGUGGUGGGGAUGGCACGUUUGUGGUUGACAGUGUGACAGGGGAGAUUUACGCUGCCCGGGAGUUGGACUAUGAAGCUGGGGCACGGCACGUGCUUCAGGUGAGUGCUGAGGACAUGCAGCAUGGCUAUCCCUCCAGCCGACUGGUUCUGGUACAGAUCCACGUGCAGGACUGCAAUGACCAGGCGCCCAUCUUCCCUGAAGACCCCAUCACCAUCGUGGUGCCCGAGAAUGCCCAGGCUGGCUCAUCCAUCUUCACCUUCCAGGCGCUGGACGGGGAUGGUGUGGGUCCCAAUAGCCAGGUGCGCUACACCCUGCUGCACCAGGAGCCCCCUGGGGCUCCCUUCCAACUUGACAGCCGUUCGGGGCUGCUGACCCUUCGCCAGGGCCUUGACCGGGAGGCUGCUGCCUCCUUCCUCUUGGUGGUGGAGGCCACAGACCAGGCCCGCAACAUCAGUCAGCGCCGCUCGGCAGCUGUCACAGCCCGUGUGUUUGUGACUGAUGAGAAUGACAACGCGCCUGUGUUCCUCUCACCUGCUGCUGUCAGCGUCAUGGAGGACCAGCCAACAGGCUUUGUGGUGCUGCAUGUGGUGGCCCAGGACAAUGAUCUGGGAGAGAACGGGCGUGUGAGCUACUCGUUGCGAGCAGGCAACAGUGAUGGCCGCUUCCACCUUAACCCCAGCACUGGUGCACUCUCCAUUGUGCGGGCCCUGAACCGGGAGGAGGUGGUGCAGCACAACCUGACCGUGUUGGCCAUGGAUCAUGGUUUCCCACGCCGCUCUGCCACACAGCUACUGUCCGUGCUGGUGCUGGAUGUCAAUGAUGAGGCUCCCACUUUUGAAAAACCUGAGUAUGAAGCACACAUCAUGGAGAACUUGCCAGCUGGCAGCCCUGUGGUGCAGGUGCUGGCCACAGACCGGGACCUGGGUGCCAAUGGGCAGGUGUCCUAUGGAGGUCUCUCUGGGGGGCCGUUCUCCAUCCACCCACAGACAGGGCUUAUUGUCACCACACAUGCCCUGGACCGCGAGGAGCAGGAGCAACACGUGCUGAUGGUCUAUGCACGGGAUGGUGGUCUGCCCCCCAACCUCUCCAAGGCAACUGUGCGGAUAACAGUAGGGGAUGAGAAUGACCAUGCACCACACCUAGAGAGCGAGUCCUGCUCUGUGGAGGUCCCUGAGAACCAAAGCCGUGUGGCACUCUAUACCCUGCGGGCCACCGAUCCUGAUGGAGGCGAAAACGGGCGCUUGGAAUACUACGUGGCAGAUGGAGAUCCUGGGCAGGAUUUCAGCCUAGACCCAGUCUCCGGUGUCCUCUCCACUGCACAUGCCCUUGACCGGGAGCAAGUUGCUUCCUACAGCCUCACAGUGGUGGUGCAAGACCAUGGCACCCCACCGCUCAGUGCCACCAUGUCAGUGAAUGUGCAGGUGUUGGACCUAAAUGACAACGCACCUGGUUUUGCUCAGACCACCUAUGUGGUGGAGGUGCCAGAGGACUUGCCUGUUGGUGCCCUGGUGCUGGAGCUGGUGGCUGAGGACCCUGACGAGGGCACCAAUGGGCAGGUCUCUUACUACCUGGGCAAUGAGUCACUUGGCAUGUUCCAGGUUGAGCCGCAGAGUGGGCGCAUCAGAAGUGCCCAGGCACUGGACCGGGAACGCCACUCCAGUUACAGCUUCCUGGCCAAGGCUGUGGACUCAGCACCAUGGGAACCCAAGAGUGCAGCUGUGCGUGUCACGGUCACGGUGCGAGAUGUCAAUGACCACACCCCUGCCUUCCUGCACAGCCCACUCACUGUCAACUUGUCCCGCCACACACCGCUCAAGCAGGUUGUGGCCACCAUGAGGGCAGAGGACAGGGAUGCAGGUGCCAAUGCCUCCAUCCUGUAUCGCCUUGCCACCCCCAACUCUGCCUUCGCAAUCAACUCCUACACAGGGGAUAUCCAACUGCUGCAGCCCCUGGGCUCACUCAGCCAACGCCAGCGCACGCUUUUCAUCCUGGCCACAGACCUAGGACAACCAGCACUCUCCUCUACCGGUGUGGUGGUUAUCCAUUUGCAGGAAGAGCCCUACCAGGGGCUGCGGUUUCCCCGGAGCACCAGUGAUGUGGCCCUGCCAGAAAAUGCUGCCCCAGGCACUGCCGUGGCAAGCAUCCAAGCUAUGCACAUGGGGGGCUCUUCUGGGCACAUCACAUACAGCAUCAUCAGCGGCAACGAGAAGAAUGCUUUCCUUAUCCAGCCUAGUUCAGGUGCCAUCUCAGUUCAGGAUUCCAGCAGCCUGGAUUUUGAGGCCAGCCCCCGGCUGCGGCUUGUGGUCCAGGCAGAGACAGCAGCUUCCUUUGGCUUUAUGGCCAUAAACCUUAACCUGCAAGAUGUGAAUGACAACUUGCCACGCUUCCAGCUGCAGAACUACGUGGCGUUCAUCUGGGAGUCACAGAGCUAUGACUCACCAGUCAUCCAGGUACUGGCAGAUGAUCUCGAUCAGGGAGCAAAUGGGCAAGUGACUUAUGCCAUCAACCAGUCUCUGCCAAUGACAGGCUUGUACCACAUUGAUCCUCAGACUGGCACUAUCACUACUGCUGCCAUCCUGGACAGGGAGAUCUGGUCCCAGACCCGUCUGGUGGUAACAGCAAUGGACAGAGGGACGCCGCCUCUUGUGGGAUCUGCCACGCUGACCGUUGUGGUGAUGGACAUCAAUGACAAUAGCCCCACCAUCCCGUUUCCCUGGGAGGUGCGGGUCCCAGAGAACACACUGCUGGGCACCCAGAUAGCGCAGCUGACUGGGAACGAUGUGGACUCAGGCCCCGCGCUCUCCUACACACUCAUGCUGGAUGGUGAUGCCAUGAGCACGUUCAGUGUGUUGCGGUAUGGGGGACGCAUUGCCCUGACAGGGCCACUGGACUAUGAACAGCGCAGCCACUACACCCUCACCCUGCGUGCCUCUGACACCCGCCAUGAGACUGAGGCCAACCUCACCAUUGUUGUGGAGGAUGUGAAUGACAACGCACCAACUUUCAGCCAGGGCUUCUAUCAGGUGACAUUGCCGGAGCACACACCUGCAGGCAGCAUCAUUCUCACUGUGAGUGCAACUGACCCAGACUCGGGAAGCAACGGGGAUGUCUCCUUCCACCUGGCCGUGCCCAGCCCUGACAUCGCCAUCGACCCCACCAAUGGGACUCUCUUCACCAUCCGGCGGGUGGAAUUUGACGCCAGCCAGCCCACCCUGGACCUGGUGGUGGAGGCCCGUGAUCGUGGCUCUCCCAGCCUCUCAUCUUGGACCACAGUGCAGCUCCAGGUGCUGGAUGUGAAUGACCACAGCCCCAGCUUCCAGGUGCCACGCUACAAUGCCAGUGUUCCUGAGGACCUGCACCCAGGAACCACCGUGCUGACACUAGAGGCAGGUGACGCUGACCUCUCCCGGGAGAAUGCUGGCUUCGACUACACCAUUGUCAGUGGCAAUGGCGGCAAUGCCUUCCAGGUGGAGAGUCGGGUGGCCUGGGCAGGGGGGCAUCUCCGCACACAGGGUGCCUUGGUGCUUGUGGAGCCCUUGGACUUUGAGGCCAUCCCAAUCUACAACCUCACUGUGGCAGCCUCAGACCGGGGCCUGCCACAGCGCAGCACUACAGUGCCUGUGCUCAUCAUUGUGCAGGAUGUCAACGACAACCCACCUGUGUUCACCCGCGCCGAGUACCACACAGCAGUGAGCGAGAGUGCACCCCCCGGCACAGAGCUGCUGCGUGUGGUGGCCCAUGAUGCUGACUCGGGACCCCGCGGCCAUGUUCAAUACACCAUCAGCUCAGGCGACCAGCAUGGGCUUUUCCAGCUUCAUGAGAGCACAGGGGCCCUGUGCUUGGCACGGCCCCUGGACCGAGAGGCCCAGGCACUGCACGCGCUCGUGGUGCAGGCCAUGGACAUGCCGGGUGGGCACUUUGCACUGGUACCUGUAGCCAUCGAGGUGAAGGAUGUCAACGAUAACAAGCCAUACUUCCCAGUGGAGGUGCUGAGUGCCAGCAUGCGGGAAAACCUGCCUCCUGGCACACUGGUCACCACACUGCGUGCCGUCGAUGCAGACACUGGUGUCUUUGGGGAACUGCAGUACACAGUGCUGGAGCAGCCAGCGGGGGAGCCCAGCAUGGUGGAGGGCCGGGAUGCCUUCACCGUCAACAGCAGCUCUGGGGAGCUGCGCUCCCGACUUACCUUUGACUAUGAACGAGCCAAAGCCUUCCAACUCCUAGUCAGGGCUACUGAUGCUGGCAACGCCUCUGCCACGGUGACCGUGCGGGUGCUGGUGACAGGCGAGGAUGAAUAUGAUCCCAUCUUCCUGAGCCCCUCCUUCAACUUUGAGGUCCCUGAGGGUGCCCGCAAAGGGCAGAGCAUUGGGCGGGUGCUGGCAACAGAUGAGGAUGAGGGGCCUGAUGGUGUUGUACUGUAUUCCCUGGCAAAGCCCUCACCAUACUUUGCCAUCAACCAAACCACAGGCACUAUCUACCUGCGUGUCGACAGCCAACCCCAGGCUGGGGCUGGGCGCACCAAGAGGGAGCCCCGUGAGAUGAGCCUGGAGGUACAGGCACGAAGCCCCCUGCCAGCCUCCCGCUCGGCCUCUGCGCAGGUCACCAUUGAUGUCACACACACCUCCUUCGGCCUGGCUCCAGACCUCAAUCUGCUGCUGGUGGCUGUGGCUGCCUCGCUGGGGGUUGUGGUGGUACUGGCUGCCGUGGCCAUUGUGCUGGCACUGCAAGCUGGCCCUUAUACACGGGGCGGCUCACUGGACCCCUCGCCCUCCAGUGGCCGAGGCUCCGCUGAAGCCGCUGAGGACGAUGAGAUCCGGAUGAUCAACGAGUAUCCACGUGUGGCCAGCAUCACAGCUUCCAUGCAGGAGCACAUCUCUGCCCGUGGCCCUGACUCUGGCAUCCAGCAAGACGCUGACCAGCUCUCUGAUAUCUCCUGUGAGCCAGCUGCCCUGGAGAGCACCCAGUGGUUCAAGAGUAAGAAGGGCUCCGGGCUGCUGCUGCCAGGGCCACCCCCGCAGCUGUACCGCGAGGAUGGGGGAGGCAGUGCAUUCCUUGGUGUGCGCUGUGCGCUGGCUAGUGUCUUCACAGAGAUUGCCCGCCUCAAGGAUGAGAGCUCCCUGCGCAAGCCCUUCCUGACCAAGCCCAAGGCAGAGCCCAAGCCCCGCAUCGACCCCCCACCCCUCAUCACCUCAGUGGCCCACCCAGGUGCCAAGUCUGUGCCCCCCAAGCCGCCGGCGGGCAGGACCUUCCCACUCCCGUCCUCCCUACGCCGCUCGCCCAUCAGCCACGAAGGCUCCAUCUCCUCCUCUGCCAUGUCGCCCAGCUUCUCCCCCUCGCUGUCCCCGCUGGCCGCCCGUUCCCCCGUGGUCUCACCCUUUGGCAUCUCACAGGGGCCUUCUGCCUCCACCAUCAGUGCUGAGCACUCGCUGGAGCCCCCUGAGGAGGCCGAGCUCAGGAUUUAG